UUUUUUUUUACUUUUCUUUUUAUACAUUGUAAAAUGACAAGUUCAAAAAAUUUAGAUGCUCUUUGGAAAGAUAUCACAUCAUGGCAAACUGAAAUUAACUCCAAGGAUGAAAAGUUAAUAAGAAAAAAGCUUAUUCAUGAUCAAACAUUACCACCUGUAAGAAAAUCAACAGAAAUCAAUGUUGAUGAAUCAAAACCUGUUGGCUUAGAUAAAUUAAAAAAAACAGAACCUAUACUUGCAACUAAUACAAUAAAGCCACAAACAAGAGUCGAAAAAGCAGAAGCAGAAAAAAUAAAAGGUAAUGAAUAUUUCGGUAAAAAAGACUAUAAAAAUGCCAUUUUACAUUAUGGGAAGGCAAUCGAUUUGGAUCCAACAGUAUCUGUUUAUUUUGUGAAUCGUGCCAUGGCUUAUUUAAAGAUAAAUAACUAUUUAGAGGCAGAAAAGGAUUGUAUAAGGGGUAUUAAACUUCAACCUAAUAAUGUCAAAGCUUACUGGAGACGUGGCAUUGCUUUAAAAGGACUUGGAAGAAUAGAUGAAGCACGAAAAGAUUUUGAAAUGGGUUUAAAGUUAGAGCCUAACAAUAAAUCAAUUUUGGAUGAAUUAAAGAAAUUACCUAUACCAAAAACUGUAGAAAAAUCACAAAUAAAGAAAAAUAAUAAUAAAGAAGAAGAAAAAAGGAGAUUACAUAUAAAUAUAAUAGAUGAUUAUUAUACAAAGCCGAAAGAAGAAGCUAAAAGAAACGUAGAAAUACAACCUAUAAAGAAGGAGAAGGAAAUAACUCUAACAGUCAAACCAUCAAAGACUCCCCUAAAGUUUUCAAUUCCUCAUACAAACUUUGAAUUUGAAAGAGAUUGGAAAACAUAUAAAGUUAAAGGAGAUGAUAUUUUAUACCAAUACUUCCAGAUCAUUCCACCUACGUCAUAUGCUUCUAUCUUCAAAUCAUCUUUAGAAUCUGAUCAAUUUGAAAAAAUAAUUGAUUUACUUGAAACUAAAUAUGCGAAAGAAAAGGAGCCUGACGUUAUUUUCAAUGUACUAAAGGGCUUAUCACAAGUAAAGCGAAUUGAUAUGUUGGUCAUGUUUUUAGAUAAAAAACAUCAACAAGCUUUGCAACAUUUGUUUAAUUUAUUGAAAGAUUCUAAAGAAUUGAAAGCAACAGAAAAUGACUUUAUAAAAUUAAGUAAAUUCUAUAAUACUCGCGUAUGUUAAAAACGUCAAAUUUAGCCAAUAAAAUUUAAUUAUUUUGAUUUUUAUCUUUACAUAAA